AUUACCCUUACAACACACACACUCUCGCAUAACACGGAAGGUGAGAGCUGAAUGAAGUUUUCUGGGUAAUGGCUUGAAAUGUUUUCCUUAUGAGAAGUGGUGUUGAGUUACAGCGUGCAGACAGAGAACGGGGAGGAGAGAAACAGCAGCCUCAAUCUGGCCCCCACCUUUUCUUGGGCUUGUAGGAAGGUGGACACGGGCUCCUGGGGACCAGACAAGUGAUAUGUUGAACUGCUUCGUGGCUGAAAUCAACUGCUUCUGGAGUGACCUAAGGCCAGUGUUUGCCAGAACUGAGCCAGGGCCAGCCAGGCAGGCACAGAUGCUCUGCUGUGAAAUGCCACGCAGGCAGAGACUGACAAGCGGUAGGAGCUGAGCUUUCCCCUUGGACGGCUGCUUCCUGCUGUGUUCAGGGGAGGGGGUCACUUUCUGGCAACUCUGCUGCUGCUGCUGCCGCCGCUGCUGCUGCUACUACUACUUCAGCUCCUUCUCCACUCAAGGUAAGCAGGCUAAGGGAGGGCAGGCGCCAAGCGAAACACUUGUACCAUGAACAGGAUCCGAAAGUUUUUCCGAGGAAGUGGGCGAGUCUUGGCAUUUAUCUUCAUAGCUUCUGUCAUCUGGCUGCUCUUUGACAUGGCAGCUCUCCGCCUCUCAUUCAGCGAGAUCAACACUCGGGUCAUCAAGGAAGACAUCGUGAGGAGGGAACGGUUAGGAUUCAGAGUUCAGCCAGACCAAGUGAAAAUUUUUUACAGCAGCAUAAAAGAGAUGAAACCUCCCCUAAGGGGACAUGGGAAAGGGGAAUGGGGCAAAGAAAACUUUAAAAACACUGAGGAGAGUGUGCUCAAGGUUGAGGUUGACCUGGACCAAACCCAGAGGGAGGGAAAAUUGCAGAAUGCCCUGGGAAGGGGCAAGGUUGUGCCAUUGUGGCAUCCUGUGCAUCUGCAGACCCUCCCCGUGACUCCUAACAAGCAGAAGACAGAAGGGAGAGGCAUCAAACCUGAAGCCUCCUCUCACCAGGGGACACCAAAGCAAAUAGCAGCUCAGGGGGCUCCAAAAACCUCACUCAUAGCAGCAAAAGGAAUUCCAUUAGUUACAACGUCAGUACAUAUGGGACCCCUCAGUUUAAAACAGGAGGCCCUGAAGAGUCAUAGCCCUAGCAGUGAUAUAUCAACACUAGCGGCUGAAAGGGACUUGAAUGUGACCAUCCAUCUUACUACUGACAGACCAAAGCAGCGAUCACAGGCAGUAGCAAAAGAGAGGACACACCCUGCCAGCACACCAGUGUCGAAGUCUGGGGAAGCCAUAGCCUUAAACAAAACUGAAACUCCGAGCAAAGAAGUAAAUGCAAAUAAACACAAAGUCAAUAAGAGUCAUCCUUUUUCUAAGUUCAUUGUCAAUUCAAAUCGCUUAAGGAAGCAAUCUAUUAAUGAGACGGCUUUGGGAAGCUUGUCAAAGAAUGACAGAGCUGGAGGGGCUCAUGGAAAGAAACUCAAUUUCUCUGAAAGCCACAUUGUGAUUAUAACCAAGGAGGAAGAGCAAAAGACAGACCCCAAAGAGGUCUCCAAUUCUAAAACCAAAAUUAUAUUUCCGAACGUACUGGGUAAAAGCCAAGGUAAACACAUUUCCAGGAAUAGAAGUGAGAUGUCUUUCUCUUCACUUGCUCCACAGAGACUACCACUGUCCCAAACUAACCACGCUUUAGCUGGGGGGCUAGAGCCAGCCAAAAUCAACCUAACUUCCAAGGCCCCCCCUAGAGAAUACAACCAGAGUCAUAUAAAAGCCCUUUUACCUGAAGACUAUGGGAUGCACCAGGUGUUAAGAAUUGAUGUGACGCUUUCUCCAAGGGACCCCAACGCUCCAGGGCAGUUUGGGCGCCCCGUAGUUGUCCCCCAUGGAAAGGAGAAGGAGGCAGAAAGAAGAUGGAAAGAAGGAAACUUCAAUGUCUACCUCAGCGAUUUGAUCCCAGUGGACAGAGCCAUUGAAGACACAAGACCUGCUGGGGAACAGCUCCUCCUUCCUUUGUUUCCUUGUAGUCAUAUGACUUUGGCAGAAAUUAAAACAUCUCUCUUCCUUAUACAUGGGUGUACAGAGCAGCUAGUUCACAAUAACCUCCCAACCACCAGUGUCAUCAUGUGCUUUGUAGAUGAAGUGUGGUCUACGCUCUUGAGAUCUGUUCACAGUGUCCUCAAUCGCUCUCCUCCACACCUCAUCAAGGAGAUUCUGCUGGUAGAUGACUUCAGCACCAAAGACUACCUAAAAGAUAAUUUGGAUAAAUACAUGUCUCAGUUUCCAAAAGUUCGCAUUCUUCGCCUCAGAGAGAGACAUGGCUUAAUAAGGGCCAGGCUGGCAGGAGCACAGAAUGCAACAGGUGACGUGUUGACAUUUUUAGAUUCUCACGUGGAAUGUAAUGUUGGUUGGCUGGAACCUCUUCUAGAAAGAGUUUAUUUAAGUAGAAAGAAAGUGGCCUGUCCAGUAAUUGAAGUCAUCAAUGAUAAAGAUAUGAGUUAUAUGACAGUGGACAACUUUCAAAGAGGCAUCUUUGUGUGGCCCAUGAACUUUGGUUGGAGAACAAUUCCUCCAGAUGUCAUUGCAAAAAACAGAAUUAAAGAAACUGAUGUAAUAAGGUGCCCCGUCAUGGCUGGUGGAUUAUUUUCUAUUGACAAAAGUUACUUUUUUGAACUUGGAACAUACGACCCUGGCCUUGAUGUUUGGGGUGGGGAAAAUAUGGAGCUCUCAUUCAAGGUAUGGAUGUGUGGUGGUGAAAUUGAGAUCAUUCCCUGCUCCCGAGUGGGCCAUAUAUUCAGAAAUGACAAUCCAUAUUCCUUCCCCAAAGACCGGAUGAAGACGGUGGAGCGGAACUUGGUGCGGGUUGCUGAGGUCUGGCUGGAUGAGUAUAAGGAGCUGUUCUACGGCCAUGGAGACCACCUCAUCAACCAGGGGUUAGAUGUUGGCAACCUCACCCAGCAAAGGGAGCUGCGAAAGAAACUGAGGUGCAAAAGUUUCAAAUGGUACUUGGAGAAUGUCUUUCCUGACUUAAAGGCUCCCAUUGUGAGAGCUAGUGGUGUGCUUAUUAACGUGGCCUUGGGUAAAUGCAUUUCCAUUGGAAACACUACAGUCAUUCUGGAAGACUGCGAUGGGAGCAACGAGCUUCAACAAUUUAAUUACACCUGGUUAAGACUUAUUAAAUCUGGAGAAUGGUGUAUAGCCCCCAUCCCUGAUAAAGGAGCCAUAGAGCUGCACCCUUGUGAUAACAGAAACAAAGGGCUAAAAUGGCUGCAUAAAUCAACACCAGUCUUUCAUCCAGAGCUGGUGGAUCACAUCGUUUUUGAAAACAAUCAGCAAUUAUUAUGCUUGGAAGGAAAUUUUUCUCUAAAGAUCCUGAAAGUAGCUGCCUGUGACCCAGUAAAGCCAUAUCAAAAGUGGAAAUUUGAAAAAUAUUUUGAAGCUUGAAGUGGAACUGAUGUUUUUAUGUAGUAAACCCAUCAAAUACUGUGAAAAUAACACUGAACUUGGUAACUCUAUUUCUCAGCAGUAGUUUAAAUUUUCAAUUGUAACAGCAUUUGGAUGGGAGAUUUUUUUGUAAAUCACGAUAUUUGGAAUACCAAAGGACAACUCAGGAGAACAGUUCAUCAUCAGACUGAAGUCCUUCUUUAGAAGUGAGUGACCUUUUGAAUUGCCUGCUUUCCACCUUGUGCUGGAACUCAUCCUGCAAAUUUCCCUGUGAAAGCUAGCAGGUAACCAGAAAUGAAGACAGAAGGAUUUGAGAAAGCAUGAGGAUAUUUCCAAUGACUGUGUUUGAUAAUAAUCAGCUCUUCUGGCCCACAAGUAGGGAUGAUCUAUGAGAACUUAAUUUAGUUUUUUAUUUGGGAAUAUUUUCAUCAAACAAAAACUUCUUGAGUUUUUAUGGCUAGAAGUCCUCAGACGUCCACAGCUAUCACAUUUGUGAAAUCCCUCCAGACAAGAUGCAUGCUUUCCUAACAGUUUGAAAUAGUAUUGGUUUACUGCUGGUAACCUUACCUGAUGGUAGCAUUUUGAUCUAAAUUACACAAUGGCUUUUCCCAGUCCGAGUUAGUGGAAAAAAUUUUAAGUGAGGAAGAAGAGGCCUUCAAAUGCUUAUUUAAUUCUAGGUAUAAACACUGCUUCCGCUUAUUUGGUGCUUUUAAAACGAACGACAACUUUAAAGAUUCACGAUACCAAU